CAAGAUCUCCUCCUCCUCCUCCUCCACCACAGACAUGGCCACCGCCAUCCUCCGGCGAAACCCUAACCCUCGCUGCCUGUCCGAUCCCGACCGCGGCCGCCCCCGCCGGCGGAAACGCAGCCCCGAAUCGAUCGGUGCCCGCCCCGCGGCGGCCCCCGCGUCGAAGAGCCUCGUGAUGGGCCAGGUCAAGAUCCUGAAGCGCGGCGAGCCCUUGACCGCCUUCGCCGCGGCCCGCCACGGAUCUCCCAGCCUCGCCGCGGCGGCGAAGGGGAAGAUCAAGAAAGGAGAUCCCGACCUCGCGCUGGGGUCUACCGACCGGAUCGGGCCCGACCCGGAGACCGUGCAGCGGCAGAUCCGGGUCGGGGAGCUGCCCGGCGUCUACGCGGGUCCGGGGAUGUGCGUCUCGUCCCCGCCGCCGAGUUCCGUCCCCGUGCCGUGCUUCUUGGGCAAGAACGACCUGGCGACGUGCAGUUUGAGGCGGCUAUUGGGGCUCCACUUGUCGUGAAUUUGAGGGAAAAUUCGCGUGGUUUUGGAGACUUCGCGUGUCGCGGCAGAUGUGGUGGUGCCCCUGUGAAUUCCGCGAAUCUGAUGGAUGUGUUCCGCCGGAGAUUUGCUUGUUCGAGAAUCAAAAGGGCUCUCCUUUAUCUUUUCAGGAGGAAGGGGCUUUUGAUUGCAAGCAAAAAGGAAGUUGUUGAAGAUGGAAGUUUGGUAGUCUUUUUAUCGAGGAAAUUCGAGAUGGUUGAUCAGGGAACCUGAACGGGUUUCUUCUAGGGGUGUUAAGUUAUGUUUAGUUUAGAUGUGUGUACGUGGAUCCAAUACGCAGUAUUUAUUGUAGCCUGUGUGGUCAUUAAAUCGAAGUAUUGGUCUGCAGAGUAUGCAUUAGUAUGCCACUUUAGAAAGAAAUAUUGGCUAACUUAUGAUUCUAUGUCGGGGAGAGUUUCUGGUUUUUAUAGAUUGGUCUGAUACACUAAGUAUCUGUUGCUUCUAUGUAAUACAUCAGUAUGCUGGGAUAAAUAUUAUGAUGAUGAUUUAUUAU